CUGGGGGCGCAGCUGCCACGGUUCCUGUCUUGUUCGCCUGCUUCAACCUCGCACACCAGAACCCACAGUGCUCUAACUUCCUAGGAGACGAUAGUUUCUAUCGCCUUAGGCAUGGCCUCCUCUGUCGUGAUGGCCGCCUCGCCGCCGUUCACCCUGGACAGGGGCACUGCAACCUCCCUCGCCAUCGCAUUUGCUCUAAUGCCCACGGCUCAACUCCUCGCUGCCAAAGUCCUAAGGCCGUCGACUCCUCGGAAAUACUAUUUUCUGUUUUUUUGGCAUGCUUACGAUUUCCUCACCCAUUUCAUCAUCGAGGGCAGCUACCUGUACCAUUGCUUCUUUUCGUACAUCGAAGUGCCCGUCCCCAAGUCGCAAUCCCACUUUCCCAGAGCCGAACCCCAAGCGUACCUGUUCAAUCGUCCAGACCGUCGCUAUGGAGCUCUUUAUUCGCAAGCCCCGAUGGCGAGACUGUGGCAGGAAUAUGCAAAAGCCGAUCGAAGAUGGGGAGGCGCUGAUUUGACCGUGAUAUCGUUGGAAAUCCUCACUGUCGGCCUUGCCGGACCUGCUGCCGUAUACAUCUGCUAUCUCAUUGCCAAAUGGGCCAACAGCAAUGAUCAGGCGGUUAGAGCUCGAUGCCAAACCAAAUUGUGGUUUGCGGCGAUCAUGGUAGCCACAGGAGAACUCUAUGGAGGCUUCAUGACUUUUGCACCGGAAUGGCUGAGUGGAAACACUGCUUUGGCUGGUGAAGACCCGGUCUAUCUCUGGCUGUACCUUGUAUUCUUCAACAUGUUGUGGGUCUCCAUACCACUUUGGGUACUUUACGUCGCAUAUGGGGAGAUUUCGAAAACAUUCAAUCUUGCGUAUGCGCAAACACCGAGCAGGAAGACCAACUGAAAUACCUAAAACGGGCUUUUUGGCCUCAGCAACCUCGGGUAUUCAGCACACAAAUAUGAUAUGGUCCUUAUCACAGACUCUUGGAGUUUUGGACCAUAAUUUCUUGUCAGCUCCCCAAAGCAUGAAGUGGGCCGAGUCUCAGGGCUCCGGGCCACAGCUGGUGUGGGCUUGACAUGGUUGUUGCUGCAUACUCUCAACCCUUCUACAUGCAGGCUCUAAGACUAAAACAGUCACAAAAGCCAAUUCUCGGAGACAAGAUGCUGGAUACAUGCCUUUCCACGACCAGGCACCUUUCAGCCAGCAAGACAGUGUGGUAUCUUGCUCCCCCUGUCUUGAUACUGCUUGCCUAUGAGAUGCUGCGUUUAUGCGAAGCAGGCCCAAUAAGCCAAUAGACCUGGAAAAAGCCUCGCUUGUUUCGAUGGAUGGGCUCACAAGUUCUGGCGCUCGUGGAAACCAGUAUAUUAUCCUUGUUGAUUCCAUACUCGGCGGCUGGAGAUCUCCGUAAUGCACUAUCAGGGAAAAGAUCCUGCUUGAUGAAUCCUGAAUAACACGAGCAUACCAGCGCUGGAGCAUACCAUGAGUCUGACAAAGCAAUGUCGCUUUCGGUUCUCUUGACAAGUCAAGUCGUCGCAUCCAGGGUGGCACUGAUGCUUGAGAGCCUACGCCAAAGAUUUCAUUGACCGAGAGUGGGCUCGCAUGGUCUUCCACUGGCAUGACAAGGAAAGAAAUGGGGAGCAAUGACAAACCAUCAAAUUUUCUGGCAGUAGUAGCGAAACCUGAGGCGAGGCAAGGCUUCACCAAAUAUGCAGAUCAUGCGCCCCAACAAACCAGUGCAAGGAUUCGGGAAGACGCCCGGUUCACUAUUACAACGUUGCAGUUCGCAGUAAAAUCCCCAGAGGCGGCUCACCUCCAAACCGGUUGGGAGUAGUACUUGUGGGGAGCGAUGAAACAUUUGAAUCCUGACAAUGUACAGUGCAUAGUAGAGCUCCUGCUAGUACAUUUGUAGGUGAUGAUGAAACCUCUUCGACCCCG